AUGGGGGUCCUGUUUAUGCUCAGGGUGGCUGUGGGCAUAUGCUCUGCCACUUUCAGUGCCUCUGCCUGGUCAGUGAACAAUUUCCUGAUAACAGGUCCCAAGGCCUAUCUGACCUACACUACCAGUGUGGCCCUGGGUGCCCAGAGUGGCAUUGAAGAGUGUAAGUUCCAAUUUGCUUGGGAACGCUGGAACUGCCCUGAAAAUGCUCUCCAGCUCUCUACUCACAACAGGCUAAGAGGUGCCACCAGGGAGACUUCAUUCAUUCAUGCUAUCAGCUCUGCGGGAGUCAUGCACACCAUCACCAAGAACUGUAGCAUGGGCGACUUUGAAAGCUGUGGCUGUGAUGAGUCAAAAAAUGGAAAAACAGGAGGCCAUGGCUGGAUCUGGGGAGGCUGCAGCGACAAUGUGGAAUUUGGGGAAAGGAUCUCCAAACUCUUUGUGGACAGCCUGGAGAAGGGAAAGGAUGCCAGAGCCCUGAUGAAUCUUCACAACAACAGGGCAGGCAGGCUGGCAGUAAGAGCCACAAUGAAAAGGACCUGCAAAUGCCACGGCAUCUCGGGGAGCUGCAGCAUCCAGACAUGCUGGAUGCAGCUGGCUGACUUCCGGGAGAUAGGAGACUUCCUAAAGGCCAAGUAUGACCAAGCACUGAAAAUUGAAAUGGUUAAGCGCCAGCUAAGAGCUGGGAACAGUGCUGAGGGCCACUGGACACCCAGAGAAGCCUUCCUUCCUAGUGCAGAGGCUGAGCUGAUCUUUUUAGAGGAAUCACCAGAUUACUGUAUCCGCAAUUCCAGUCUGGGCAUCUAUGGCACAGAGGGUCGGGAAUGUUUGCAGAACAGCCACAACACAUCCAGGUGGGACCGACACAGCUGCAGGCGCCUGUGCACUGAGUGUGGCCUGCAGGUGGAAGGGAGGAGAACUGAGGCCAUCAGCAGCUGUAACUGCAAAUUCCAGUGGUGCUGUAUAGUCAAGUGUGACCAGUGUAAGCAUGUGGUGAACAAAUACUAUUGCACACGCUCCCUAGGCAGUGCUUGGUCUCGAGGCAAGGGCAGCACAUGA